UCUAGUCACCCAGCCUAAUUUUAAUUUCAAAAAUAAUCUCCGCCUAAUCUCUCUAAAAAGCGGCCAAAACUGAUCUUUUUCAAAACACGAUAGGAAGCCAACCGGCCGGCCGUGUCGUGAUGGAGCUCUUCAGCGAUACGAGUCCAAGGAUGGCCGAGAAUUUUCAUCCCUCUGCACAAAAGAGAAAGGAAUCGGGAGUCCGGCAAACUGCUGCAGUUCAAGGGCUUCACGUUCCACCGUGCGAUCCCCAAUUUCAUGUGCCAGGGAGGCGAUUUCACAAGGGGAAACGAGACCGGGGGUGAGACGAUUUCACAAGGGGAAACGAGACCGGGGGUGAGACGAUCUACGGCGUCAAAGUUUGCAGACGAAAACUUCAUUCAGAAGCACGCCGGCAUCGACAUCCUCUCUAUGGAGAAUUCGGGGCCAAACACUAACAGAUCCAAUGAGUUUGACGGUUGAAUUGCUUGAUUACAAACAUAAUUUUUAUUUGGUGGAGAUUCUAUUCAGAUGUUUUAGAAAUUAAUUUACAAUGUUGGUAUUAAUAGGUUCUGAAACCAAUUUUCUGUUUACCUUCAAAUGUGCUCUGCAGUUUGAGUAUUCAAAUAGCGUAGAACUUUAAUAUGAAGAUAAAAAUAUUUAACUGUGUAUUAGGGAGUUCAUAGAGAAAACCUUGCAAAAAUCUAGAAACUAAUAGAAGUUUUGCAGAAGAUGGACUUUGUGUUCCUGUCAAAAUGUCAUCAGCAAAUGGAGUAAACAUGAUCAUGUUCUGUUCGUUGGAUUUAUGUAAUUUAAGCUUCGUACAUUAAUCUGCCUUGUUGGCUCUACAGCAGAAGUGAUUACAACCUUAUAGAGUUACAAGUGUUGCACUUUAACCUUUAGAUGCAGUACAGGUUCGUGUACCUCAAUAUGUAUUGCCAUGUUUUGCUAGGGGUUGGCUGAUGGGCAUCCACAAUAUGUCUCAUCUGAAGGAGCUUGUGGGUUGUACAAGGUGCUGGUUCCUCUAUGGAGAUGUGGGAUUCCAUAUACGGUGAUGCAGUUUUCAUGCUUUGAGACUAUUGUUGAGUUGUACACCCUAACACUCAAAGACAAGUAGCAAGCCUUUUCAACUUGGAGUUUGCUUUCCUGGUAGGUCCAUAGCUUUUCAAAGUGGGGAUUCUCGUUGCUUAGGACUUGGGAGAUAAUCUAUUUGCAAAAAUCUAGGUGGGAUGAAUAAGAAUAACUUGUUACUGGGAUGGUUUUUCAUGAUUAGUGGUAUAAUAGAUAAACUAAUUUUUUUAUGAUGAGCAUUAUUAUAAUACAUAUAUUGUUCCUACGAAUUUUUAUAGUCACUGGUUCUGGAAGAGGCUCCCAAACUUUGCUAAACUUUAUUUGCCUUCCUUUUAGUGCAUGUAUUCAACCCUUGUCAGAUUAUCUUUAAACUUUUUGCUAAUUUGCAAAAAAAAAAUGUCAUUUGAUUUGAUGCAGUUAUGAAUGUGAAAACAGAUUUAAUUGUAUAUUUGUCUCAUUACGUUUAUAUGUUUUUGUUGCUUUUUGUUUCUUUUGUAUGUUGCUUUAUGUUGUAUCGUGUUGCUUUCUGUUGUACUGUGUUGUUUUUUUUUGUUUGACAGUUAAUUAUAUAGCCAUGAAAGCUAUUCAAAUUGAUUCCACUACAAAAGUAAUUAAAGAAAGAGCUCCCAAAGUUGAAUUUGUGAAGAAGCACAAAGUGAAAUAUGGCAUCAUUGUUUUACUGGGAAAGAAGCGCUCAAUGGAUCGGUUUCCAGUUUUAGUUUUUUUAUUCACACCCCAUGUAAAUGUAUAUAUACUAAAAAUCCAAUUUAGUGGUACAUUAUUUAUUAAUGUUAUAUCAUAAGGAUAGUUCUCAUCUUGAAUGCGGGAAUGCAUAUUCAAAACUGUGAAACUUUAAUAUUGUUGCU